UGUUUCCACGUUGGCAACCUAAUCCAAGGAAAACCAACGAACAGAAAAGAAAAGUUGACGACAAAACAAAUCUGAAAGCACUUGUGCCAAACCAAGUUGGGGAACUCGUUCCCUACUGAAACUCCAACGACGUUCACUGCAUCGUUCUCCCCAAAGCUACACUCUCUUCUCUCUCUCUCUCUCUUCUCUUCCGUUUACUUAAUUUAAGCCUCUCUCUCUCUCUCUCUCUCACACACACACACACCAUGAGUCCCUACAUUUUUGGAGUCAUACUCCCUCUCCUCGUCACGCUUCUCGUACGCAACAAGAAUCCUCCCAAAAGACGCGGCGUUCCGGUCCAAACCGGCGGCGAGGCCGGUCUGGUUGUCCAAAACAGCCGGUUUGAGUCACCGGUCCAGAGCGCGUGGGAAGGCGUUGCCACGCUCGCAGAGCUCUUCGAAGAGGCGUGCAAAACGCAUGCGGAGAGGCUCCUCCUUGGCACGCGCGUGGUGCUGGCGAGGGAAGUGGAGAGCAGCCCCGACGGCAGGUCGUUCGAGAAGCUUCACUUGGGAGACUACGGCUGGCUCUCCUACGAUACGGUCUUCGAUGUCGUUUCGAGCUUCGCUUCCGGGUUAGCCUUCCUCGGACAUGCCAGGGAGGAACGCGCCGCCAUCUUCGCUGACACGCGCCAAGAGUGGUUUAUGGCUCUUCAGGGUUGUUUCAGGCGAAAUGUGACAGUAGUUACUAUGUAUGCAUCAUUGGGAGAGGAAGCUUUAUCAUAUUCAUUGAAUGAGACAGAGGUUACAACAGUAAUUUGUGGGCGAAAAGAAAUGAAAACACUAGUAAAUAUAAGUGGACAACUUGACACAGUGAAACGUGUGAUUUGCAUGGAUGAUGAUAUCCCAUCUGAUGCCUCUUCUAUUGCAUAUAACUGGACAAUCACUUCGUUCUCUGAGGUUGAGAGACUUGGCAGAGAAAACCCUGUUGAAGCUGAUUUACCACUUUCAGCAGAUGUUGCAGUUAUAAUGUAUACAAGUGGAAGUACGGGAUUACCCAAGGGUGUGAUGAUGACACAUGGCAAUGUCUUAGCUACACUCUCUGCUGUCAUGACCAUUGUUCCCGAUAUUGGGACCAAGGAUAUAUAUCUUGCAUACUUGCCGAUGGCUCAUAUCUUAGAAUUAGCAGCUGAGAAUUUGAUGGCAGCUGUUGGAGUUCCUAUAGGAUAUGGAUCUCCUUUGACCCUUACUGACACAUCAAACAAGAUUAAGAAAGGAACAAAGGGGGAUGCUACUGCACUGAGUCCAACUCUAAUGGCAGCUGUACCAGCAAUUCUUGAUCGUGUUCGUGAUGGAGUGUUCAAGAAGGUAAAUGCAACAGGAGGAUUGCCAAAGAAAUUGUUUUAUUUAGCCUAUGCCCGGAGGUUGCAAGCAGUUAAUGGUAGUUGGCUUGGAGCUUGGGGUUUGGAAAAGGCUCUUUGGGAUUUUCUUGUGUUCAAAAAGGUCCGAGCUAUUCUGGGCGGCCGUAUCCGUUUUAUACUAUCUGGUGGUGCUCCCCUUUCUGGUGAUACCCAGAAGUUCAUCAACAUUUGUCUCGGUGCUCCAAUCGGUCAAGGAUAUGGUCUUACAGAGACUUGUGCUGGUGGGACAUUCUCUGAUGUUGAUGACACUUCUGUUGGUCGUGUUGGACCACCUCUUCCAUGCUCAUUUAUUAAGCUAAUCAACUGGCCUGAAGGUGGAUAUUUAACAAAUGACUCACCAAUGCCCCGUGGAGAAAUUGUAAUUGGUGGUCCAAAUGUCACUCUAGGGUAUUUCAAAAAUGAAGAAAAAACGAAUGAAUCGUACAAGGUUGAUGAAAGAGGCAUGAGGUGGUUUUACACUGGUGACAUUGGCAGAUUUCAUCCAGAUGGAUGCCUUGAAAUCAUUGACCGUAAAAAGGACAUUGUUAAACUGCAGCAUGGAGAAUAUGUCUCCUUGGGAAAGGUUGAGGCAGCUCUUAUUGUUAGUCCCUUUGUGGACAAUAUUAUGGUCCAUGCUGACCCUUUCCACAGUUACUGUGUGGCACUUGUGGUGGGUUCUCAGUUCACAUUGGAGGAAUGGGCUUCACAACAAGGAAUUUCAUAUGUCAAUUUUUUAGAUCUGUGUGCAAAAGAAGAAACUGUGAAGGAGGUGCAUGCAUCACUUGUAAAGGAGGGAAAGAAGGCUCAUCUGGAGAAAUUUGAGAUUCCUUCAAAAAUUAAAUUGCUUUCAGAUCCAUGGACCCCUGAGUCUGGCCUUGUUACUGCUGCUCUCAAACUCAAGAGGGAGGCAAUAAAAAAGACUUUUAAUGAGGAACUUACAAAGUUGUAUGCUUCAUAGGCUAAGGACACUAAUCUUUUUACCAGCAUUUCCCAUUUGCAUAGGGCAGGUUGAGGUGAGAAGGGUUUUGUAUUUUUUUGUUAAUCAUUUUGUUUUUUCCAUUUGAAGUUUAUCAUGCAAAGUGAGGCUUAUUACGUGCAGAAGGCCAAUACGUUGAAUAAUUUAAUUUACUGAAGUAGUAACACUGUAAAAUGAACUUUUAUCAGACGUUAUUGUUGUAUCAAUUUUCCAAUUAUAGAGUUACUCAGUAUAUUAUGUUUGUUUGCCA